GAACGGAAGGGCACAGAGGCCAUGGUCGGGGUUGACAUUGCACGACUCGUCGACUUCUCGCUCCAGUCGCUCCCUGCUCCCGUACUCGCCUGCCUUUAGCGAGUCACUCACUACCUUUACAACCCCCUCACCCGAAACCGGAUGUACACGAACAACAGGGCCAUAGCAGUCAUUACGUUUCCCUCUUUGAUAUGGACGUAGAAUCCACCACCUCCCUCACCCUCCUCGACCGCCUCCUCACUCUUCUCACCACCUACCACACCACCCACGACCGCACAACCUCCCUCCUCGACUCACUCGCCAAUCUGCAAUCCCAACGCAAUGACACAAUACCCUUACUUGGUGCUACCUCACCCAGCACCAGUGGUGACAGAUGGUGGAACAGCGUCACCACGCCCUUGAUUGUGCAUGAGUUUCCGGAUCUGGUGGAGCGGUUACUGGGCAAGCAGACGGUUGCUAUUGAACACACGUUGAAGAGAUUGCAUGAUGAGAUGAGGGGGUUUGAGAAGGUGGUGGGGGCCAUGGACAGUCUACAGCGGGAUGCAGUUUUCAAGCUGCAUGAGCAUAUUGCCUCUGCCCCGAAUAUGACGCAGGCACCACCACCGCACCCAGCGCACAUCACCCUCCUUGAAACCGUCAGCUGGAUCGAUGAGUUUCACACCCACCUGCAACGAGAAGUGGGCGCCAAAAGGGAGAUGUUGCGAGGGCUGAAGUUUGAGAUGGAGGGUGGGAACCUUCAGGGGGUUAGGGAUCGGUGGGGGUUGCAGAGCGGGUGGGAGAUGGAUAGGGAGGACGAGGUGAGGGAGAGGGUGGGACUUAUGAAGGCAAACAGGAGGUUGACCGGGUAGUCCCAGCGGAGCAAACGACGACCAAAACAAACACCUUGGCAAUAGAUAGCGAGGAGCAGAUAUGAGCGAUUGCGAGUAUCACACAUGUGCCAACACCGUUGUUUGCGAGCGGAGUGAGCAGGGGGUCGUUCAACCAUCUGCCCCAACCAUUCAACCGACUGACGCUGCUCAUCCAUCGAACGAG